AUGGACUGCACGUCUCCGCUUUGUGGGGCCUUUUCCUCUGUUGGCGUGUCACGCGUGUUCCCCUCACGCAUUGCCUUUUCCCAGUCCAAUUCGCAAUUCCAGGAAUCCCCGGGCUUGACUGGUCUUUCUGGUGGUAUCAAUUUCUCGAGACUUCUCUGUAUAGUCGAGUGCGUGUCCCUAUCGACCGUUUCGCGUGAUCGACGCGACCCGAUCCGCGACCUCUUAUCGGUGCGCGUAACCGCGGGUCUCAUCCGUUGCCAACCUCUCCCUCCAACGCUCCGAUCGCGACGUGCCCUACUUUCUACGAUGCAAACACACGCAAAGCCUGAUUCGAGCCAUGCUCCGACUCGCCUCCGCAGAACAGACAGACUCGAGAGACAUUUACAUUCCGUGUUCAACAAGAAGGAGGCGAAAGAGCCCGAGCCAACACCUAAGAAACCCGGGUCAACGCCUAAGAAACCGGAGCCCACAAUACAUGAGCUACCUACUUCAAGCGAUGAUGAUGAAGAACUGAGCGACCUGGAAUCUGCGGAUCUCGGGUCUGAGCCCGAGUCUGGAUCGCAACAAUCAAAGUCGCGGGACUCAGACUCGGGGAAAUCUAGCUCGCAGGAACCAAAGACCAAGCACAAGGCCGACAAUGAACCCGCGACGGACGCUGAGCCGCAAAGUACCAGCGAGGAAGAGAUCAGUGAUGAGGAUCUCGAUUUCAAGAGACCAAAGAAAAGAACACUUGAGACCUAUGAGGAGAAGAAGCUCGGAGGCAGGGGCGGGAUGGGCGACAACGAGGAGCCUUUUGCGAUGUGGUCGUCCCAAAGCUCCAAACGAGCCAAGACCAGCAGAUACGGGUCAGCAGCUUCAUUUUCGCGAACUGCAAGCUUCGCCCGUUCACCCGCCACUCCCGAUAAGAGCUCUCCGCAGACCAUGUCACAGACUAUCAAAGCGAAGGGUAAGAAGACGGACAAAAAGUCUAGCCCCGACUCGCAGCCGGACGACGACAUUAUAUUUUCUGGGGAAAUAAACUCCUCUUAUCCAAAGAUAUCAAAAUCCUCCCCCAAAUUCAAAUUACCCCCUCCCGUCCCCGCCAGUUCCAACGCCAAUUCAACUCUACCCGCCUCGUCCUUCAAAGAAUCACUUUCCAUGGACAUUGAUGGUGACGACGAAUCCCCCCUUUCGACUCUCACUUCCCCACCCAGCUCACCAUCCGAGGUCGAAGAACCAGUUGAAUCAUUAUGUCCGAUGUGCAAAAAGGAAGUAGACCCUGAACUACUCAAGGCAUUCCGCGCGCAACCAAAACAACGAGUUCGGGAACAACAAAAGUUUUGUGCGUCUCAUCAACAACACACUGCUGAGAAGGAAUGGGAAUCACAAGGCUACCCUACCAUUGACUGGGAUACCCUGGACAAGCGGGUUCAAAAACACUUCCCCGCACUUGAAAAGCUUCUCGUCCCAGAUUGCUCCUCUUAUUAUCGCAAUAUACUGGAUACUGCGCUCAAGAGUGGGAAAGCGCAAAACUUUCGUCUCACUCUGGCCGGUGACGGACUUGAGACCAUGUCUUGUGGAUAUUAUGGGACAAAAGGAUCCGGGAAGAUGUUGCAACUUCUCACUGAUCGUUUCGCGGUGAAACUACGCCGUUUGGCUACAUCAGACCAUAUUGUCAAGCAGGCCGGUGUCGUCGGCUACGCCCAGUCCGUCCUAGUCCCAGAAUUGGCAGUCCGCCUCGUCAAAGAGGAUAUGGGAGUCAACGACGAUGCUGCUCGUCAAAUUCUUCGAGAGAGUAUUGCCCUAGGCGAGAAGCUGAACCCCGCACUGGACGAUGAAAUCGGGAUUCCAGAGGAUCUCGCAGAGCCCUUUGAAGACGACGAUUGA